AUGUCUGGACUCAAGCCCGGCGAGGUCAAUCUCGGUACAUCGAUUAUGGCGGUCGAGUUUGCGCAUGGAGUCAUUAUCGGAGCCGAUUCUCGCACGACCACAGGAUCCUAUAUCGCCAACCGUGUCACAGACAAGCUGACUGAGGUCCACGAUACAAUCUACUGCUGUCGAUCAGGAAGUGCGGCCGAUACCCAGGCCGUCGCCGAUAUCGUGCAUUACUACCUCCAGAUGUACUCUGUCCAGAACGGAAAGCCAACGGUCCCAUUGGCAGCAUCAUUGUUCCAGGAAUUGUGCUAUCAGAACAAGGACGGCCUGAGCGCCGGAAUCAUUGUCGGCGGUUGGGACAAGGAAAACGGUGGCAGUGUCUGGAAUGUCCCUCUCGGUGGAUCCCUCCACCGUCAGCCCUUUGCCAUUGGAGGAAGUGGUUCGACAUACAUCUACGGUUACUGUGAUGCCACCUACCGCGAUGGCAUGAACCAGGAGGAGUGCAUCGAGUUUGUCAAGAACUCAUUGGCACUGGCAAUGUCGCGUGAUGGUUCAUCUGGAGGUGUCAUCCGUAUGGCCGUUAUCACAGAGAAGGGUGUCGAGAGAAUCUUUGUUCCCGGCGACAAGCUCCCAGUCCACUGGCAGGGUUAA